UGCGAGGCUGAAAAAAGGUCGAAGGAAAAUUUUCCGUCGAGUUGUGCAAACAUUGUUUGAACAGCAGUAUAUUUCCCAAUAUUCGAUUCGUAUUCGUUUAAACAUUGAUCAGUGGAAUCCGUUGUUUGUGUUGCUGAUAAGGGUGUGACUAGUACGAGCCGAAAUUUGCUGAUUUGUCCAGCAGCCCUUCGUAAUGUGUCGUCAUGUCAUUACCAUCGCCAGCAGCUGAAAGUGCAACAACACCUGGAGACGAAACACUAUUGCAACAACAACAGCAACAUAAGCGAAGCAGUAUUCAUCAUCAUCAACAGCAACAGCCGAUUACGUUGAUUUUGCCCACCAGCGGAAAGUUGUUCUACGAAAAGAAGCAAGACUUUGCCCUGUGCAAGCCUCAGCUUCUUCCGCUGAAGUCGUUCAGCCUGGAGAAGCUGGAGAAGAUGCAAAAGGAAGCUCACCGGCAGUUGCAGGAGACUCGAGCCCGAACCGCCGCUGCUGCGGAGAACUUCUAA